AUGUUCAAAAAAAGGAUUCAAGAUUUAUCACUUCAGUUUGAAGGAUGGGAAUUUGCUUUGAGCCCUGAACAAUUUAACCUUGUUUCAAUCCUCAAAUUUCGUCGUAUGAAAUAUGACUUCACAUACAAGAAGAGUGUUGAGCACACUGAAAUAUUUAAGUUUGUAUCAUACAUUGCGGAAACAGCAACUGAUAAAAAAUGGAAAGAAGUCACUUUAGCUCUCAAAGAAAAUGAAAUGAUCAAAGCUAGUUAUGGGGGCUCCCCGGUGGGUUCCAUCUUAAAUCUGCAUGAAGACUAUAGACGCUGUCCCUUUAUCAAGAACGCUUGCCAAACACAGUGGGAGGAAGUUAAGUUAUUCUGGAAAAUUGUUGAAAGCGAAAAAAUUGACUUAGAUGAACGUUUGUUGAAAAAGAAGUUGGAACAAGCCAAGACCCAGUUUGCUGUUGAUCGUUAUGUGUCAGGGAAUGAAGCUCAUAUGAUCGCAGAAAAGGCAAAAUUAGAUUAUAUUGCUCUAUCAUUCGAUACUUCUUUCACAACACCACCACUUGAUACUUCUCUCACAACACCAUCAUCCGAUACUUCUUUCACAACACCACCACUCGAUGCUUCUCUCACAACACCGCCACCACCACCACUCUAUACUUCUCUCACAACACCAACACCCGAUACUUCUUUCACAACACCAGGAAAUAAGGCCAAUGCUACCUUGAACGAGAUGAAAUUAGAUUUUAUCUUGAAUCAGAAAGAUAAACCAAUAAUUGGAAGUAAGAGAACAUAUCAAAUGAGGAAUCAACUUUGUCAACUCCCCCAAAUGAGACCACCAGAAAGCUGGCUUCGUUCAAAAGAGAAGAGUAAUUCUGGAAAUAUCUUUCCCAACAUCCUUCCCAAUGGCACAAUACUACAAAAACCACCACCGACACCAGAUUUCAUUUCGCUAAGUGAUGGUGAGGGCGAUAAUACAUUAAUAGUAGAUAAUGACGAACAAAUUUUUCAUAGCAGAUAG